CGUGUCCCUGUGAGUAUUUCACGCGAUAUGUAGCUCAACGUUAAAGAAGCAGAGACUGUAGCAAUAAAGUAGUAAUUGAAUUAAAAGCAGCCGACUUUAUUGAACUUCUUCCUGUUUAUAUUCAGUCGUACUGCAGCAGCAUCAUUAUUAAACACUUGUAUAUGAACUGUUGUGUAUUUACACUGCUGUAAACUAUCAGAAGAUUAUUAAAGUGGCCAAUGGAUGGACUGUGUUUCUUUUCAUAUUCCCCUGUUUAUUAAAUGUAACAGUCCUGUAGCAUUGCAGUGUGGGAGCUGGAGUCCUCGGUGUCCAGGCACUGUGUCCUUUGUGUGUUACAUAAACACCAGUUUCUUCCUGGAUCUCCAGCCUCUGGGCUCCUCCCACUGUCAGGGGCAGUUCAGGUGACUUGUUUCGCAGCUGAUAUUUCAUGUAGUUCGUGUCUGCAUCGACACAAGAUGUUUCUCUUUACAAUGUUCUCAGCAACCACCUGGACUUUGCUGGCUCUGUUUCUCUCCCUGUUACUACUGUAUGGCAUUUGGCCAUAUAACAUUUUCAAAAAGAUAGGAAUACCCGGACCAAGGCCUCUGCCUUUUGUUGGAACACUGUUAAACCUUGGAAAGGGAAUCCUUCGUUUUGACUGGGAGUGCCAUGCCAAGUACGGCGAUAUCUGGGGGUUGUUUGAUGCGCGAACGCCCGUUCUAAUGGUGGCAGACCCUGAGAUUAUUAAAACAGUGCUCGUUAAGGAGUGCUACUCCGUGUUUACCAACCGGAGGGAAAAUGUAAUGGACCCGUUUAGCGAUGCAAUUACAGCAGUUAAAGAUGAAAGGUGGAGAAGAAUUCGUAGCACGUUGUCACCAUGCUUCACCAGUGGAAGACUGAAACAGGUUUUUCCCAUCGUUGCUCGUUAUGCAGACCGGCUCAUUGAAAAACUUGGAACAACAAAUUUGGAUGAACCCGUCGAUGUCAAACAAUUUCUGGGACCUUACAGUUUGGAUGUUGUGACCAGUGCGUCUUUCAGUGUUGAGGCAGACUCUAUAAACAAUCCAGAUGACCCAAAUACUGUUCAUAUCAAGAAGCUCCUUAAAUUCCGAUUUUGGCUUUUACUUUUACUAAUGAUGUUUCCCUUUGGGGCCCGUCUGCUGGAGCUCCUGGAUAUCAGCAUAGUGUCCAAAACCGGCUUGAAAUAUUUCUACAAGAUCAUCAAGAGAUUUAAAGACCAGCAUCAUGCAGAUGAAUCUAUUCAAGGCGACUUCCUGCAGGUGAUGAUUCAGAACGAGAUACCAGAAUCAGAGAUAAAGAGUGAACAAGAUCAGCCAAGUAAAGGUUUGACUGAACAUGAGAUCCUUUCCCAAGCUGUGAUUUUCAUCUUUGGUGGGUAUGAGACCACCAGUGUCACUCUCACGUACAUCCUUUACAACCUGGCUACCAACCCUGAGGCGAUGCAGACCUUGCAUGAAGAAAUUGAUGCCAGACUACCGAGAGAUGCUCCCAUUUCAUACGAGGAUCUGGCCAGUCUACAGUACCUUGACCAGGUUCUUUGUGAGUCACAGCGUUUGAUUCCCACAGCUCCUCGGCUUGAGAGGAUGUGCAAAAAAACUGUCCAGGUUGGCAGCAUCACCAUCCCAGAAGGAACCCUGGUUGGGAUUCCUGUGCACAUUUUACACAAGGACCCACGCUUUUGGAGCUCACCUGAGCUUUUCAGACCAGAGAGGUUCAGUAAAGAUAGCGGAGAGGAGGUGAACCCGUAUGCGUACAUGCCGUUUGGGCUUGGUCCUCGUAACUGCAUUGGGAUGCGCUUUGCCAUCCUCGUCAUGAAGAUGGUUCUUGUUCGUCUCCUGCAGAGUUACACUUUGGAAACAUGCAAAGAGACCAUGAUUCCGUUGGAGUUUGACUGGAAGAUGCAGGCAACAAAACCAGUAAAACUCAAGUUUGUUCCCAGACAACAGUAGUCUAAGAGGGAGAAAAUACACCUUGCUUCUGAAUCAAAAGCAAACGCAAGCUUAAAUAACUAAUACUACUGCAUCUUUUUAUAGUUCAGUUCCUACAGAACCUUCACAACUCAAACAUAUUCCUGGGGGCCUUUUUGUAAGAGGCGGAUUAGAGAAUGUACAAUAAAUCCAUCCGAGCAUAUCCGAGCAUCAGUGUUUCAUCUCUUGUUGCAUUUGUUUUGUCUUUUAACACCAUACCAGUAUUUUAUUUUAUUACUUUACAAAUUUGUCAAUGCAGAAGAGUUUGAUGCCAAAGUCUACCCAUUUAAUGCAAAAGGUUUGGGAGUAAAUUUAGAGCACAGCCAGUAAACUAAAGCAGUCAUAACACAGAAUAGGAGUCGCAGAUUGUAUACUUUUCUUUAAUAACUUUACAACAGGGUACAAACCGGGUCCACUCCUCUGAAUGCUCUGUGAAAGGUCAUUGUAAAACAGCUGAAGUCAGUUUUUGUGGGGUACAAGUGACUGAGGAAUGACUGAGGUUUUCCAGUCUACAUUCAUAGCUCACACAAGUGGUGCAAAUGUCCCACAAAUAAUCAUUUAAUAACUACAUUUACUCAAAGAAUGAGGGUUUCAUUCCAAAAUGAGACAUUUAUAAGAAAGUUGGAUACGUGGUGUGAUGACAAUUCAACAGUGUGAGUGAAGACUGGUGAGGUUAUAGCUAUCUUUGGCCUCAGUAAUGGUGAUCUGUGGUACUUUAAAUGUUAAAUGUUGAGAAAUGAACAUAAAAGUAACUAAAAGGAAGUCAUUUUCUCCUUUAGCAUUCUGAAAUAGAAGGCUGCAUUUUUUUUGUUUAUCCAAUUUAGCUGAUAAAUAGAUAAUUAAUUAGUGUUUGAGAUAUUGUUAAUUUGUCAUUCGAAAUAAUAAUUGAAACCAUGAAGCUAUGAAGGUUAAGGGAAACCUCAGUGUCUGUUUGUGGAACCACAGACGAGUAACAGUUCAGAUAACAGCCAGCAGAGGGCGCUGACAUGAGCAGUGUGUCUGUCAGUCUGUGUGCAUUACAAAUAAAGUUUACUUUACUCGUUUUCUUAUUCAGACUUACUAAAACGUAAAAAGGAACAUUCAAAUUAACUUCAUAAUACACUGACUUGAAACCUUUCACUCGAAAUCACAAAAAUAUGCUGGUUUCAUGAGAAAUGUCAUUGUUGUCAUUGUGUGUCUUGCUUUAACACUGCUUAUUUGUUAGAAAGCAAGGUCCUGAAAAUAAUCUUUCUACCUGUAGUUGAAAUCUGCAAAAUUAUCUGCCACUGCACCGAAAUAAUGUUACUGAAAAACCCUAAAUUGCACAUGAGGACAAACGGUUUACUUGGUUUGAAGAAAUCCAAUCCCUUGCAGCAAUAUUCUGUAAAAAAACAACAA